AUGCAUUCUCUGAAGUCUCAUCGUGUACUAUUCUCCCUUCGUUUAUUGCUAUCAUCAACCCUCAAACCAAACCCUAUCCUUAUUCCUUCUUUCCCAUUCUCCUCCUCUUCAUCUUCUUCGUGGUUAUCACAACCCGGAAACCCACUCAUUCACUGGCCAUCACUCCCAUCAAACCAACCCAACCCCGCUCCAAACCCAAACCCAAUUUCAAAACCCGACACUCCCACUUCCAACCCCACUUUCUCCCCCGACGAUUUCUCUCUCAUUUCGAACCUCUUCACCAACCCAUCCAUCUCUCCCGGUUCAGACCUCCACACCAAACUAAACCAAACCAGAAUCAAACCGGAUUCCCCUCUCCUCCGCGCCGUGUUCCAACAUUUCGCCUCCUCGCCCAAAUUACUACACUCGCUUUUCCUAUGGGCCGAGAAUCAACCCGGGUUCAGACCCGAUUCGAGUCUGUUUGACUCGGUGGUUAACGCUCUUGCGAAAAUGAGGGAGUUUGACUCCGCUUGGACUCUUGUUCUUGAUCAAAUUCAUAGAGACGAUGGAGAAGAUGAGAAAUUGGUCUCGGUCGCUACAUUUGCCAUCAUGAUUCGACGCUAUGCUCGCGCUGGUAUGCACAAGCCUGCAAUUAGGACGUUUGAGUUUGCAAAAGAUAAUAAGUCAAUUGUAGAUACAGGAUCAGAAAUGAGUUUAUUUGGGAUAUUGAUUGAUUCACUUUGCAAAGAAGGGUCUGUUAGGGAAGCUUCUGAGUAUUUCUUUAGGAGGAAGGAGAGAGAUCUGGGUUGGGUUCCAUCAAUUCGGAUUUAUAACAUAUUGUUAAAUGGAUGGUUUCGAGCGAGGAAACUCAAACAUGCUGAGAGACUUUGGGAAGAGAUGAAGAAGGAGAAUGUGAGACCGAGUGUUGUGACAUACGGUACCCUUGUGGAAGGAUAUUGUCGAAUGCGCCGUGUUGAAAAGGCGCUUGAGAUGAUUGGCGAAAUGACCAAAGAGGGAAUUGAACCAAACGCAAUUGUAUAUAACCCUAUAAUCGAUGCAUUGGCGGAAGAUGGGAGAUUUAAAGAGGCUUUGGGUAUGAUUGAGCGUUUUCAUAUUUUGAAAAUAGGUCCUACUCUUUCAACUUACAAUUCUCUGGUGAAGGGUUUUUGUAAGGCAGGAGAUCUUGAAGGUGCUAGUAAGAUUCUAAAAAAGAUGAUAAGUAGAGGUUUCCUUCCAAUCCCCACUACCUAUAAUUACUUUUUUAGGUACUUUUCAAGAUGCGGAAAAGUUGAUGAAGGAAUGAACCUGUAUACCAAGAUGAUUGAAUCUGGACAUACCCCGGAUCGUCUAACUUACCAUCUUGUGUUGAAGAUGUUAUGCGAAGAGGAGAAGUUAGAGUUGGCAGUUCAAGUUAGCAAGGAAAUGAAGCAUAAGGGAUGUGACAUGGACUUGGCUACGAGUACCAUGUUAACUCAUUUGCUAUGCAAAAUGCAUAAGUUGGAAGAGGCUUUUGCAGAAUUUGAGAGCAUGAUAAGAAGAGGAAUAGUUCCUCAAUAUCUUACAUUUCAAAAAUUGAAUGUUGAGCUAAAGAAACAAGGUAUGACUGAAAUGGCUCGAAAACUUUGCCAUUUGAUGUCUUCUGUUCCACAUUCUUCCCACUUGCCAAAUACAUAUGGUGAAGUCAGAGACAAUGCACAUGCACGUAGGAAAUCUAUAAUUCAGAAAGCCAAAGCAGUUUCUGAUUUGCUGAAGGACCCCAAAAAACUUGAUAAGUUUAGAAGUUCAUCGGAAGAUGCUGUCUCAAGUGCAAACUGUUUGAUAGAGGAUAUUGAGAAAAAGACGGAUGUAAGAUGA